GAUCUUAGUGUCUGAUUGUUUGCCCUGGGAAUAAUACUUACACCUAGCAAAAAAAGAAACUGCUGUAUGUACUGAUAUAUGAAUUAAAUAUAUUGAUCAACGGUCAAUGUUCUUUCAAUCUUGUUUUGACAGAAAUUUGAAACAAUUCUUUUUCUUUUUCGUUUUAUUCUACUAAACACAAAAUAUUUUAAAAUAGGUAAAUACUAGGUCAUGAUUUAUUAUAUUCAUUCGUAAUUCAUGUGUGAGGAAGCCUAUUGAAAGUGGAAGCAUACGUGUUCGAUUACCAACAGAGUAGAAAGAAAAUAGUGAAAAUUACUUUUAUGCAUUUAUUUUUAUAAGAGAAUCACAAAACAUAUUACAGCACAACAAAAUCAAGGUCAAAUAAUGAUGAUUCAUUCAAGCAAAUUGAAGACAACUUUUUAUGUGCUUUUAUUUUACAUUACAAAUAAAUUGAUCGCCUAAAAAAUAUAAAUUUAAGAUAUUUUCCUUCAAAGUUUUCUUUUUUUCUGAUGAUGUAUGCAUACAAUUUUGUUAUCUACAGAUAGUAUAUUAAAUCUGUGUUCGUUUAUAUACCUCAAAAAAGUUGAAAGGUGUGAGUCAAAAUGGUGUGAUUUUCAAUUUACAAUACUCAUUGAAGUUUUUAUUAAAAAACAUCUAAUUUUCUGUUUUAUAUCAUGUAUCUUUGUAGAAGUUUCAGUAAAUUUUGAGUGUUAUUAAGUUCGAUUAUUGUAAAAAGUCGUAUUUUUCGAAACUUUUAUUUUUUAAAACAGCUAUAUAAACUUCCUUCUAUGAAAGAAGACUUAAGAUCCUAAGUCAUCUAACGAGAUUUUCUUAUACAUGAGGAAAGAUAGAAUUUGGUUUUUCCUUAAAACUUAUUGUUUUCAUUUUAGUUCCCUUGUUUUUUUUAUGCAUGUUGAGAGUGUGGGUGUGGGUGAGUGUAGGGAUGUGCAGUUUCAAUGAAAAUACUGAAAAUCUGACAGUUAUUUACUGGCAGUGAGUACACUGGAGUACUGACUACACUGAUACAGUAUACACUGGAAUACCGACUUUUACUGAUAUAGCAAACAUAUCUAUAUCAGUAAAAGUUGGUGUUCCAGUGUACACGGUAUCAGUGUAGUCAGUACUCCAGUGCACUCCACUGUCGGUGACGUCGAUGAUCAGUAAACUGCACAUCCCUAGGUGGAUGGGUGUGGAGUGGUGGCUGUGUGUGAAGUUGGGGUGUGGGGUGGGUGUGGAUUUUCUUACACCCACAAUCACAUCCCUAAAAUUCGACUUAAUACCUUAUGUUGAUCACAAUGAAAAUAUAUUCGAUUAUCACAAUACUAGUCAAUUUUUUUACAUAGGUCAUCAUGAAUGUUUUUCAUUCGAAUGAAAAUAUAUAUCAUACUUUAUGACAUGCAAAAUUGACAAUUGAUAACGUUUUAUAAAAGAACAAAGAAAUUACGUGGUUCCAUUUUAAUCAGACUCAAUCUGUAUAUAAUAGUAUGAUUGAAAUUGUAACAUGAUAUCUUUGUUAACGAUGGCAGAGCAAGCAUCUGUAUAUAAAACUUAUUGCUUUCUUGCUAUUUUUCUUACACUAUUCCCCAUAAAGAAAAAACCAUAAAACAAGCGCUAUUCUCGAUUCUGUUAGUCCUCUUUAUUAAUCAAUGUCUAAGUCAACGAGGUUUUCCUAAACAAUUUCAAACAACAUUAAAUAUAAGUGGAUUAUAUCAAUUGCCAAUAACACAAGGCCUUCAAUAUUUAUUGUAUGAUUAUGAUAAUUUAAGAGCUCGGUUUGAUAUUCAAGGAUGGCGAGCGAAACAAAAAGAAACUUACAUGAUUCAAUAUAAACCCAAAGGUGCUGAACCUGAUUCACCAGCUUCACAAGGUUAUGCAAUGUUUAAUUUCAAUCCUGAUUAUCCUGAACGGACAAAAAAUAACUGUUGGUACAGAACAGAUCCAAUGAGUGAUGUAGGUCCAUUUCCAUUCAGUUGGUUCUAUGAUCCACAAGGACAUACUCAAAUUCAACCAUGGUUUCCAUUACCAUCAGAUCUUAUUAAUAAAGGUGAAGAAUGGAUACCGGAAAUUCAACAAAAUGCAACAGUAUGUUCAGAAUAAAUAAUAUGCAAUGAAAACAAAAAAUUUUCUUUCUUGUCGAGAUAUGAUUCACCAGAAAUAUGUAAUUUAAAACGAUCUGGUAUUGGUCAAGUACCAUGUUUAAGUUAUUUUGAAACAGAAGAUAGACCAGCUAGAACUAUUCGAGCACGUGCUGCUCGCGGCUCCUAUGACACUGAUGAGCAAUUGCGUAUCGUACGCUUUUAAUAAGCAAAUUAAUAAUCUCAUAUUUAUGCAUAGAUAUAUAAUUACAACUUAUUUAUCAUUCACUCAUAGUAUUUCACCCGAUGCUGAAAAAUUGUUCAAUUUACCAGAUCAAUGG